AGCAUGCUUUUAAAGUAAAAUAUUUAAAAAGUUAGUGUAGUUUUUUUUUUUAAUAACUUUUGAGUCUCUUCUAGUUCUUUUCUCAAAGAAACGGCAUCGUUGGCUCAUGCCUUUAAGGAAAGUUCGGAAGCUUCGACUCGUCACUCGUCUUCUACUCUACUGAAAUACCUUGGCACCCAAACGAACCCGAAAGAGGAGCCGAGAUUUUGGGGUGAGAAAAUAAUGGAAGGAAUGGGGUCUCGGAUGGGCCGGACUUCAUCUCGGUACGGCCUAUCAGCGACGGCCACUGUUUUCAAUGGCCCGGUCAGGAAGUGGAAGAGGAAGUGGGUCCACGUGUCCCCUUCUCCCACCCUCAAUUACCGCAACAAUAACCACUCCAACGGCCAUAACGACCAAAACAACAACGGGUCUCGCCUCCUCCUCUGUCGGUGGACCCCACUCUCCCCCGCGGCCGCCACCAGCACAACCACCGAGGAUCCACCUAAACGCAAAUUCCGAUAUACCCCAAUUGCUGCACUAAAGGAACGCAGCAAGGAAGAAAAGAAGGCUGAACAAGAAGUUGAGAAGCAGUCGGGAGGGUGGCAAACUGCUAAGAAUGGUGAACAAAAUGAUGAAGAUGAUUUCAAGAGUGUAGCUCAGGCAAACAGAUCAGCCUUUUCAGGACUUCCUGGGGUAAAAUUAAUGGAGUUUGAACUUCUAUUUGCUGCUAUAUGCAAAAGAAUUCAAGCUAUAAAGAUGUCAAAGACUUGAUCAGCGCCGCCUCACAUUUAGGUUGGCACAUCACCAGGUCCCAAGAAUGCAUGCCAUCCAAUGAUCAUGAAAUGUGUUGUUCUUGGCUGUUUCCAUACGCACAGAUAGGGAUCUUGUUUUAGUGUCUAAGCUUCAAUUCGUUGGAUUGUUGUCUCUGUGAUACUGGUGUCAAGCAAGAAUCCACUUCUCCUGCAGGAUUCAAACCUGAGCCAUUUGGAUUUGGGUUUGUGCUUAAAAGGCCGCAACAUUGAACUUGAUUCUGUGUGCCAGAGCGAGGAGGAUCAAG